AGUCAAAUUGGAGAUGAUAUUUAUUUGAGACAAACAUAUUUAACCUUUCCAAUUCUCUGUAUUCAAUCGACCCCACUGAUACUUCAAAUCUCUCUCUCUCUGUAUAUUCAGCUAUUAAAGUUACCAGCUUUAUAUAAGAAAAAAAGUCCCCAUUGAACCAACUGAAAGCAUAGCAAAAAGGGUAAAAACAGAGCAGAAGAAGAGAAGCGUCCGAUGAACGAAGCUUUGCUGUUUGCUACCAUGUGCAUCAUUGGCUUGCCAGUGGAUGUGCAUUUGAAAGAUGGCUCCGUUUACUCUGGAAUCUUCUAUACUGCUUCUGUUGAGAAGGAAUAUGUUUCUGUUUCAUUAGGUAUUGUUUUGAAGAAAGCAAAAUUGACUAAAAGGGGGAGAUGUGCCACCAAUGUUGCAAAUGGCAGUGUAGUGGAGACGUUUGUAAUCCUCACUGGUGAUCUUGUUCAAGUUGUUGCUAAGGGAGUUCCGCUUCCUUUCAAUGGUUUUGCCGGAAAUAUAGCUUGUGGUAAUGGAGAAACUGCUUUUGAAAUUCUCCCUUCCUCUGCCAAUCCACUGAGUGGGGCCAAGAAAUUCAAUAAUUCUACCUUGGAUAAAAUAAAAAGUAAUAGGAAAAGCAAUUCAGUCCAAAAUGAGAAUGGUUUUGCUGAUGGUUUUAUACCCACAAAAUCUGGAAAGGAGCAGGAAGGUGGAAAGUUGCCACAGAAUCCUAUGGGAAAUGCGAAGGAAGUUGAGUAUCAGACAAGAGACGGGACAAACAUUGAACAGGGCAAAGAAUCAAAUGAUGCUUUUAGUGCCACUGUUGCUGGAAGAGUGGUUGGGGAUGAUUCAUCGCAGCUUUUGCAGGAUGAAUAUGACCAAAAAUUUGAGUUUCAUGUUGAAGAGGAUGCCAAGGAAGUUCAACAUUCAGUUUCAAGCCGUGAGUCUUCUGCUCUUGAUACUCUUAAGCCAGUGGAUACCUGCCUUACUGAAGUAAAACCUGUUGAAGGAAAUGCUGAGAUGACAAUUAAGCUAUUGCUUAGUGGAGCACCUCAUGAUACUCCAAUAGUGCCAACAGUAGCAAAUGUGUCUCAAAUAUCAGGCAACCCUCCUAUGGUAGCUGUUGCUGGUUCUCAGCCAGAGGUUCGGUUUGGCACUUUUGCACCUCGUUCGUCUGCUACUUCUAAGAUUGCCUCUUAUGGUAACAUAACAGCUGCAACUGGUGUCAGUGGUUCUCAAUUUUCUCAACCUAUUGUUGGCCAUACGGGGAGUCAAACACAUCAACUUAGAUAUGCUGGUCAAUAUCAUGCUGUUCAGGCUGCAUCAGCAUAUUUGAAUCCAAAUUCUCAAGCUGUUAUGUUUGGACGGAUGGGACAGCUCAUUUAUCUGCCUGUUUCUCAUGAUUUGCUUCAAGGUGCAACAGCUAUCACUCCGGUACCUGCAUGUCCUCCAUUGACUCCGCAUCAUGUUCAAUUUCUGAAACACCAAGGAAAUCCACCAGGCCAAGCAUUGCAGCUUUCUGUACCUCAACCUUUCAUUGCCGGUGGACAGCAACCAUUAGCAGUGCCAAGCCACAUUCCAUUUUUGCAGCCUCCGUUCCUUGCUAAUCAUCCCGUUCGAGUCCUGGCAUCUAAUGGCCACUUUAGCACAAAGCUUCCAUGAAAAUUUUUUAUUUUGUUAGUAUAAAUUUUCAUUUUUUGAGAGCAACCAGCCUUGAGACAGGUUUCAUUGUUUCAUCCUCAUGCGAGGGUUACCCUUUUUGCUGUCUCCUUGCUGGUUGAUUGAUGAUGUAAAGACCUGAUAUAGAAGGUACUUGCGAAAGGGCUAUCGAACAAAAUAUCACAAGUCAUAAAUGUACUAAAAACGACAGAAAUGAGAAAAACCAGAGAAAAUUGAUGAAAUGGAAAAUCAAUUUUUCGUUUUUCA